UGUUGAUGUUUCAUCAAAAUGAGGACGCAUUUGGAGCCUUGGAGUCACAGGAAACACAUUAUUUUCUCUUAUAGACACACCCAUCUUUAUUACUGACUGUGUGAAAGAGUAGGACAACCUUGACAUUCCCUCACACGCUGUGUCGCCUCCGGGAGAUUGUCAUUUUCCUCUCCAUGCCAAUAGGAGGAGUUUUACCCGACUGGGUCACCGACGAAGAGGACACGACUUCAAGCCCAGGUGCUGAGGAGAGGGAAAAAGCGAGAGGAGUGGUGUGGUUUAUACAGGUAAACACUAGUAAUCUCGACCACAGAGAGGCAAGUGCGGAGCUGAGCCGACACCCAGCACGCCUGCAGGCACCGGACCGAUCCACCUGUGUUGUUGUAUCUUCCAUGUCAGCAACCCGCUGGUGGGAAGCAGCCAAUGCGGUCUCGACUGUGGACCGUGCUCGCAGGUCAGAGGAUGCGUAAAGAUGCUUAGUAACUGGAAUAGCAGGUUCUGGAAGAAGGGGCGUCCGACUGUCAACACGACUAACCUGUGCGCAUAGAGCCGAGCGCUGAUGUUUGAGCCAUGGAGAAACAAGCUCUUUCAACCGCUCUGAGCUUGUCCAUGAGCGUUGUCUCUUUACUCUUGCUGGUCACCGCUAUCUUCACCGACCAUUGGUACGAGACAGAUACCAGAAGGCAUAAGGAGAACUGCGACAAGUAUGGUUCGGAUUCUAACGACCAGAAAAACAGGGAGAUGCCAAUAUACCACUUGCCUCUUGUGGACAACGGUAACUCCAAACGGAACGUGGCGCUUUUGAAGCCGAUUCACGUCGGGAGUAGAGACGAGGAAUUGCUUGAGAACUGGAGGGCGAUACUGGGGAUGGGGAUUCUUGAGACGGAAUGUGGGCGUCCGUUGUUCUCCACAUAUUCUGGACUGUGGAGAAAAUGCUACUUUCAAGGCAUGGACCGGGAUAUCGAUAAACUCAUAUCAAAGGGUAUUGCGGACCGAUGCACAACUGUCAAGUACCAUUUCUCUCAGCCUAUUCGGCUUCGAAACAUCCCACUCAACCUGACGAGAACCAUUCAGCAAGAUGAAUGGCAUCUCUUACAUCUGCGGCGAAUCACGGCAGGGUUCCUGGGGAUGGCGGCUGCCGUUUUGCUGUGUGGCAGCAUUGUGGCCACAGUGGGCUUCUUUUGGGAGGAGAGCCUCACCCAGCACGUCUCCGGCCUGCUCUUCCUCAUGGCAGGGAUCUUCUGCACGAUCUCCUUAUGCACCUACGCUGCCAGCGUCUCCUACGACCUCUCCCGGAACCCACCCUUCAUCUAUGGACUGCCCGGUGAUGUGGACCAUGGCUACGGCUGGUCCAUCUUCUGCGCCUGGGUAAGCCUGGGACUGACCGUGGCGUCGGGCUGCCUCUGCACCACCUACCCCUUCCUCAGCCGAAAAAAGGCCCAGCGCUCCAAAACCGCCCGGGAGUCCUCGGUAUGAGCGGUGUGAUCAGUGUGAGAGAAUUGAGUGCCCCAUGUAGCUUCGGAGGUGAAUUGUUGGUGUGGACGUUUUGUUGCUGACUGAAGACCAAUAUAAGAGGAGACGUUUUAUUUUUUUGAAACCAGAGAUGAAAACAUAGUGUUUCAGUGAGAUGUGGGAAUCUUGUUGGUCUUCUUUGUAGACUCUCACCAUCCUUUAUCGAGGUGUUAUGCAAAGAUGUGUUGUGUAUGUUUGUAUGUGCACACAGGCAAACUCACACAUACACAUUCUCUCUCUCUCUCUCUCUCUCUCUCUCUCUCUCUAAGACAUGGAGAACAACAUGAGAGUGAAUAACAUGAAACGAUGCAAAUACCCACACAGGCAUACCACACACACAUAAAACAUGUGUGUAUAUAUUACCAUAUAUACAAAAAAAGGCAUAAUUCUUAUGGGUGGUUUGGUAAGAUUGAAUCAAAUGGACAUUGUAUAAAAAUACUAGUAUCACGUUGAAAGCAAGAACCCUCUUUUUUUUUCAGAUGUAAGUGGUACAUUUUCAAAACUCUUAAGUACAAAAUUCUAAACUGAUAACACGUGUAAUGCCCCCUGUCUUAUGUUCAGAACCUUUGACUGUGCAUUCAUUGGGGUUUGACACAUCUUUCACCCCUGAGUCAUUCAUGCAAAAUCAAAGUUUUCAAUGAAAUACCAUGAGCACAUUUUGUUUAGUCACCAAUACAUCAGAUAAUGCUAGGCUCACCAUGUAGUCAUUUUAACUACCAUUUUCAGUUGUUGUUUAUUUCAAUCCCUUUGGUGCGAUUUUCACUAGUAUGUGGUACAUUUUCACAACAAGCACAAAAAUCAAAACGGAUCAUCACCAUCGCUCAUGUUUCAAAACUCUAAGCACAUUUUCAAUUGACUGAGUACAACAAACAAAUUAACAAAGUGACUUGUUCACUGCACCAAAUCACUCUUUCAAUUUGGAUACAUAUUCAAUCUAAGUAUCUGCUUUUCAAAUGCAUUAUUCACUUUACUUUUUAUAUGAGUUUCUUGCCAUUUGUUAACAAUACAAUAAACUAUCACUUAAUAAAACUGCUCAAAACUGAUAACUACUGAACCACAAUUAUGUACUGCCUAGUUAACGUAUAUAGUUUGAUAACUGUUGAACACUGUAAAUCUCUAUAUGUUUACCUAAAUGUAUCAAUUACACAUCAAUUUAUGUCGGAAGUUAAAAGCAAAUCUUAUAUGAAUGUGGCUGUAAAUACUACAUCAUCAUUCUUCAUCAGCCAGUGUGCUCCAAUAGGACAAAAGGGAAAGAGUCACUCUAUGUGCUACCAUUUGGAAUUAUAGUGUAGUGUACAAUGCACUGCUGAAAUACCUGGGUUGUAUAUAACAAUACAUUCCACUCAUUAUCAGAAUUUCAUUGAUACACUGUAAGCUGAUUAAUUUCAAGCAGAGAGACAAGCAAUACUGUAUCAGUUGACAAGUCCCGUAAUAUCUUGUACAAUGUUUGGGGCAGAAAUGGCAUACAACACCGUGCUAUGUUUCUACAGUAGCCAACUGCUUUACAAUAUCCCUAUUUCUGAUGAUUUGUCCUACGUGUGUGCUGUAUAAGGAUAAUGAAACUGUAAGACUGACAUAUUUCUCAACAUGCUCACAACCUGCCAUUGGAUACAAGUUAUAGUCAAACACUGUAUGGAAAAUUAUAUUUACCAUCUACUAUUCUUUCUAUUCAGCACUUAAAAAGAACAGUUUUGAAAUGUCUAUCUUGUAUUUUUUGCUGUUGGAUUAAAUUAUAGUUUAAAUGACUAAAUGGUGAGCCUAUCACUAUUUAAUGUAUUGGUGACAAAAUGAAAUGUUCUCAUGGUAUUUCACGGACUAUUCAGAGGUGAAAGAUGUGUGAAACCCCAAUGAAUGCACAACAAAAGGUUCUGAACAUAAGACAGGGGGCAUUACAAGUGUUAUCAGUUUUGAGUUUUGAAAAUAUACCACUUACAUCUGAGAAAUGUGCCAAAGUGAUGGAAGAAAAACAAUACAAAAUACACAUUUCAAAACUGUUCUUUUUUAAGUGCUCAAUAGAAAGAAUAGUACUUUUCCAUACAGUAUUUGACAAUAACUUAACAUACAAUUUUUUAAAUCAUUUGUAUCCAAUGGCAGGUUGUGAGCAUGUUGAGAAAUAUGUCCGUUUAACAGUUUCAUUAUCCUUAUACAGUACAUACGUAGGACAAAUAAUCAGAAAUAGGGGUAUUGUAAAGCAGUUGGCUACUGUAAAAACGUAGUGCGGUGUUGUAUGCUAUUUCUGCCCCAUGUAACAUUGUACAAGAUCACCUUAUCUACGUGACUUGUCAACUGAUACAGUAUCGCCUGUCGCUCUGCUUGAAAUUAAUCAGCUUACAAUGUACCAAUGAAAUUCAGAUGAUGAGUGAAAUAUAUUAUUGUACACAAUACAGGUAUUUCAGCACUACACUAUAAUUCCAAAUGGUAGCACAUAGAGUGACUCUUUCCCUUUUGUUCUAUUGGAGCACACUGGCUGAUGAAGAAUGAUGAUGUAGUAUUUACAGCCACAUCCAUAUAGGAUUUGGAUUUACCCUCCAACAUAAAUUGAUGUCAGAUUGAUAUAUUUAUGAGGUAAAAAUAUAGAAAUGUACAGUAUUCAGCAGUUAUCGAACAUAUAUGUAAAGUAGGCAGUACAUAAUUUUGGUUCAGUAGUUAUCAGUUUUGAGCAGUUUUAUUAAGUGAUAGUUUAUUGUAUUGUUAACAAAUGGCAAGAAACUCAUAUAAAAAGUAAAGUGAAUAUUGCAUUUUGAAAAGCAGAUACUUAGAUUGAAUAUGUAUCCACAUUGAAAGAGUGAUUUGGUGCAGUGAACAAGUGACUUUGUGAAUGUGUUUGUUGUACUCAGUCAAUUCAAAAUGUGCUUACGAGUUUUGAAACAUGAGCCAUUUUGAUUACAGUAUCUGUUUAGAUUUUUGUGCUUGGAGUUGUGAAAAUGUAACACAUACUUGUGAAAAUUGCACCAAAGGGAUUGAAAAAAACUGUAAUCGAUCCGAUGGAUUCUAUUGGUAAUUUCAGUUGUGGCAAUCAAAUUGUACACAUUUUUUUUGCAAAUCCGUCAUUAACCAGUCCCUUCCCAAACAGAUGAGGCAUAAUCACUAAUAAUAUCAAAAUGUGUGCCAGACUGUGAGAAGAAUACUGACAAUGAAAGACAAAGGACUACAGGGUUUGUUGCUUACAAAGUUGAGGAAAGUCAUUUUUCUCGCUCAUGGACACAAAUGGUGCACAAUUCUACAUUGGAAUGUGAAAACAGUGGAAACUGGAUGAGAUAAUGUCGACACUGCUUGAAUGGAUGUAAACAUUUUGUGUUGGACCAUCAUCACACAUGUUCUGAGUAGCCAAAAAAGUGACUGCUGUUCCAUGGAAUGGCCAGCUUUCACAACGACUCCAUCUGAUGCCACUCUCACCCUUUUCAAUGCCACUGGAGGACCUUGAAGGCUUGUGGGGACCUUGAAUGGCUUGUGGGGACAUGAAAUGACUUGUGUGGACCUUGCAGGUUAUGUAUGUUCAACUCAGCAUGCUGUGUCAGAAGCAGAGCAGCAUUUCUGAAACAGAACAAUGAGCUUCAAGUCUUCUCUAUGACAUUUAAAUUGAGCUGUAAAUAAAAGAUUAUCAACAAGAA